AUGCCCAGAUCCACCGGCGGGGGCAUCGGGACCAGGCGCCCGGCCUCUGCCCAGCAGGCGAGCAUGUCCCGGCUGGACCUGGAGGAGCUGGCUGAGAUAGAGCUGCAGACAGAUGAGGAGGAGGCCACAGAGUUGGGCACGGAGAGGCCUCCGGUACCUCCCGCAGCCGCACAGGCCCCGGCGCUGAGCACGCAGCACUCGUUCUACGACGUGGCCAGGCACGGCAUCCUGCAGGUGGCAGGGGAGGACCGCUUCGGGAGACGCGUGGUCACCUUCAGCUGCUGCCGGAUGCCGCCCUCCCACGAGCUCAACCACCAGCGUCUGCUGGAGUACCUGAAGCACGCGCUGGAGCGGGCCGCGGAGAGGGACUACGUGGUCGUGUACUUCCACCACGGGCUGAGCAGCCGCAACAAGCCUUCCCUGCGCUGGCUGCAGGGCGCCUACAAGGAGUUUGACAGGAAGUACAGAAAGAACCUGAAGGCCCUCUACGUGGUGCACCCCACCAGCUUCAUCAAAGCCCUGUGGAACGUUUUCAAGCCCCUUAUCAGUCACAAGUUUGGGAAGAAAGUCACCUAUGUCAACUCUCUGAGCGAGCUGCGGGAGCACCUCCAGCUGCGGGAGCCCCACGAGCUCACGGUCCCCCAAGAAGUACUGCAGUAUGACGAGAGGCUCCAUAACCUGGCCACGGGCAGGCCGCCCCCUCCCGCCAAGACGCCACCACCACGGCCUCCUCUGCCCACCCAGCAGUUUGGCGUCAGCCUGCGAUACCUCAAAGACAAGAACCAAGGCGAGCUCAUCCCCCCGGUGCUGCGGUUCACGGUGACGUACCUGAGAGAGAAAGGGCUCCACACCGAGGGCCUGUUCCGGAGAUCGGCCAGUGUCCCAACCGUCCGUGAGAUCCAGCGGCUCUACAAUCAAGGGAAGCCCGUGAACUUCGACGACUACGGGGACAUCCACGUGCCUGCCGCGAUCCUGAAGACCUUCCUGCGGGAGCUGCCCCAGCCACUGCUGACCUUCGAGGCCUAUGAGCAGAUUCUGGGGAUCACCAGUGUGGAGAGCAGCCUGCGCGUGACCCAUUGCCGCCAGAUUCUGCAGAGCCUUCCAGAGCACAACUAUGCUGUCCUCAGCUACCUCAUGGGCUUCCUGAACACGGUGUCCCGGGAGAGCAUCUUUAACAAGAUGAACAGCUCCAACCUGGCCCGCGUCUUCGGGCUGAAUUUGAUCUGGCCGUCCCAGGGGGCGUGCUCCCUGAGUGCCCUCGUGCCCGUCAGCCUGUUCACCGAGCUGCUGAUCGAGUACUAUGGGAAGGUCUUCCGCGCGCAGGAGCCAGGUGGGGGGCCCGCCGAGGACAGCCCCUCAGCUGGUAGAUGUGCUGGAGACAGACACGCAGGGGCCCAGGGACGUCACACAGCAGCGUCUGUUGUUGCCUGUGACUGGGGCACCAUCGGGCUGCUGCCUUGGCUGGCUCUGGUGGUCAUCUGGGGACGCCGCGCCGCUGGCUUCCCGGCCCUUCGGCACAUGCAGGACGUGCUCUCACCCUGA